AUGGAAUACAAAGAUAUUAAAUUGACUGUGUCUGUGGCAAGAAGACUCGUCAUGUCCAACGUCCGGGUAUGGAAGGAGCAAAGAAGGUUUGCCCUGACUACGUUCAGGAACUUUGGUUUAGGAAAGAAGAGCUUAGAAGAACAUAUUCAGGAGGAGGCCUACCACCUUGUUGAGGCAAUAGAAGAGGAGAAAGGACAGCCUUUUGACCCUCACUUCAAGAUCAACAAUGCAGUUUCCAAUAUCAUUUGUUCCAUUACUUUUGGAGAACGCUUUGAGUACCAGAAUGGUCAGUUUCAGGAACUGCUGAAGUUGCUGGAUGAAGCCUCAUAUCUGCAAAGUGGACGGUGCUGCCAUCUCUACAAUAUCUUUCCAUGGAUAAUGAAAUUCCUUCCUGGAGCUCACCAGACAGUCUUUAGAGACUGGGAGAAAUUGAAACAGUUUGUUUCUAGUAUGAUUGAAAAACACAAGAUAGAUUGGAAUCCUGCUGAACCGAGAGAUUUUAUUGAUGCUUACCUCACAGAAAUGGCAAAGAAUACAGGCAAUGCUACUUCAAGUUUCCAUGAAGAAAACCUCAUCUGCAACACACUGGACCUUUUCUUUGCUGGAACAGAGACAACUUCUACUACACUGCGCUGGGCUCUGCUUUACAUGGCCAUCUACCCAGAAAUCCAAGAUGAGGAAACUGAGGCUCAGAAAGUUUAG